AUGUGUCACCUGUGGCUGUUCCGGGACGCGGGCACCAACGACGGGCUGCUCGUGAACCAGCAGGAGCUCUUUGUCGCCGCCCGCGACGUGAGCAAGGCCGACAUCACGCUGCCAGUGUUCACCCUGAAAGAGAGAUGUCUGCAGGUUGUUCGCAGCCUGGUCAAACCCGUGGACUACAGGAAACUGGACAUUGUCCGAUCACUGUAUGAAGAGCUGGAAGAUCAUCCUGACAUUAAGAAGGAUCUUCUGCGGCUUUCUCUGGAGAGAAGUGAAACACUACAGAAUGGAGCUUCAGAAUAAAAGUAAUGUUAUUCA